AUGGAAGGAACUUUUGAACUCUCUCAACAGUCAAUUGGAGAUUUGCGAAUCAGCAGCGAUGCCGAGCGCAGCAGAUCCAUCACUCCAUCCGAUCGAGACGAUGCUCUCGACCCAGUGGUCCUCAAGCCAUCAAUAGUUCAAGCAAAUGAUGAUGAAGAUUUCGACGAAAAUGACGACGAAUAUGACUCAGAGGCAAAUAUAGUAGCUCUAAAGCUUCUGAGGCAUUUCAGAGAAGGACCUGGGCAAUGGAUAGAUCUCUUCGAUACAUCUGCACAUUUCUCAUGCAAGAUACCGAUACGAGCAACCACUCGACCGCUUCUGAGUUCAGCAAUCUGCGCCCUCGCAGCAAAAAACUUAUCGCGCACACAGUUGAGCAACAGCAAAACCCGAGAGACCCGCAACGUGAGAACUUCCGAGGCUUCCUCGGCUACGACAACCCCCGACUGGAAAUAUCACGCUGUCCGACACUACCACCGAGCCAUCAGAGGUUUAAAACAUGCCAUUACUCUCGCCGGAGCAAGCGACGAUGCGCAAGAUAGCGAGGCUAGCGAUCGAAACGAGGACAUCUUUGCCGCAGUUGCCAUACUCUGUAUGUAUGAACUGAUGAACGCCCCGGGGAACGCGUGGAAAGCGCACCUCACGGCCCUGUCUCUGUACUCUGCCUUGGACGGCACUAUAAACGAAUCUUCUCCGGUCUCGAUACCACGAUCCACGACCAAGGGGCCAAUAUUUUGGAGCCUGGCGAGGCAAGAUUUCCUGUGUGCUUUCAUCAGCGAAACCCAAACGCGUCUUAAUCUAGACCACAUCCGUCUUUGGCAAAACUUCGGCCUCGCCGCGGACGAGCACAACCUUUUACUUCCCUUUAGCCCUUUUUCGACGGCCGAUAUCCGCUCCUCAACCAACGUGGAUGAAGACUCGAAAAGUAACGAGCUCUUGUGGCUCAUGGGUAAGAUAGUGAACUACACCACCCAUGGCGAUGGCAUCCAUCCGGAAGACUAUUCUAGACCUACGGGCCAGCGCUUGUCGCUCGGCUUGACGCAAGAACUCCUCCUCCAACGAUGGACGAAGCUCGAAGUUGAAUUACAGGAGUGGUACGAGAGCCUACCGCCAACCUUUGCGCCCAGCGCCCGGACGAGGUUUUCAAGCCGUCUUGGGAGCUUGGGUAAAGGUGACGCGGAUAUGGGCAUGGAGAGGGUCUGGUACGACAUCCCUAUGUGCGCGUCGACGAUGCAAAGCUACAAUAUGGCUCGGGUUAUUUUGCUGGUGAACCGGCCCCAAGAAUCUACGGCCAUUCGAUCGAACGUAUCCGCGCGUCUGCGAUCGUAUCGGUUCAUCCAGAAAGAGGUUCUGCGCCAUUGUAAGGAGAUUUGCGGCAUCAGUCUCGCGGAUCCAACUGACGCGGUGCGUGUUCACUCUGUCCAGCCGCUUUUCGUGGCAGGGCAAGCAUUUUAUACGCGGCCGGAGCAGGAACUGGUUCUUGAGCUGCUUUCUGGUAUCGAGACGGAGCUAGGAUGGGCUACAAAACAUCAGAGGCGGAAGUUAAUUGACGAAUGGAAGGUGAAUGAUGAAUGA